CGGUGCUGGCCAUGAAAUGCAGGUUCUUGCACGUGUUAUGUAUGCAUGGGCUCUACCACUGAGCUGUCCACUCCCAGACCCGAAGACAAACCAUUUGCAGGGAUCGCAUUUCACAGAAGGUGCCUCCUGUCUCCGCCAUUGUAGAGACUGAGGGUGUGGGGAAGGGCAGGGACCAGCCGGGAGCCGAGCUUUGACGUUGCAGCUGUCAGCGUCGGGACCUAGGCCAGCCAGAUACCUCCUAGAGGCGUUUGGAGUCCCAGCUGCGCAUGUGCGACACGCCCCCACCUCCCUUCGCCAGCGUGGAUUGGUGGGCUGGGGUCACGUGGACGCGCCUCGCCGCUUCCUCGCCGCAGGGGACCCGCCUGCUGGCUUGUUUCCGGUUCGGUUAGUCCAAGAUGACCGAGCCCGGCGCUUCUCCGGAGGAUCCCUGGGUCAAGGUGGAGUAUGCCUACAGCGACAACAGUCUGGACCCUGGGCUUUUUGUAGACAGCACCCGCAAAGGGAGUGUAGUGUCCAGAGCUAAUAGCAUCGGUUCCACCAGUGCCUCUUCCGUCCCCAACACAGAUGAUGAGGACAGUGAUUACCACCAGGAGUCCUACAAGGAGUCCUACAAAGACCGCCGGCGGCUAGCACACACUCAGGCUGAGCAGAAGAGGAGGGAUGCCAUCAAGAGAGGCUACGAUGACCUGCAGACUAUCGUCCCUACCUGCCAGCAGCAGGACUUCUCUAUUGGCUCCCAAAAGCUGAGCAAAGCCAUCGUUCUACAGAAGACCAUUGACUACAUCCAGUUUUUGCACAAGGAGAAGAAAAAGCAGGAAGAGGAAGUGUCCACACUACGCAAGGAUGUCACAGCUCUAAAGAUAAUGAAAGUGAACUAUGAGCAGAUUGUGAAGGCACAUCAGGACAACGUCCACGAGGGGGAGGACCAGAUCUCCGACCAGGUCAAGUUCAACGUGUUUCAAGGCAUCAUGGACUCCCUAUUCGAGUCCUUUAAUGCCUCCAUCUCCGUGGCUAGCUUCCAGGAGCUGUCAGCCUGUGUCUUCAGCUGGAUUGAGGAACACUGUAAGCCUCAGACCCUCCGAGAGAUCGUGAUUGGGGUCCUGCAUCAGUUGAAAAACCAACUUUACUGAUGGCUCCUGGAAACCUGCAGAGCAGCCAAGAGGCCCUUGAAUCUGCUCUCUGCCCAUGGACUGCCGGGCCUCCGAUGGGACUGCGAUGCCUUACACCGGUUGGCUGGCUUCUACUUGGUGUUUGGUUUUCCUAGCUCUACUUUAUCUUUAGUGGGGCUAGAGUGUUUGUUUUGUGAAAGUUCCUGAUUAAUUUAUUAUAUUGCCCAUACAGUCAAAUCUACCCAGUCUUCCCUCUCCUGAUAGGAUUCCUUAGGACAGGAAUUUGAUCUGAGUACCUUAGAGAGCUCCUGGCCUUUCAGCCCUCAGAUUUCUGCUCAUGAUCCACAUAUAUUUGGAAGCGUUUGCCUGUCUUGUUGUCUUGGGCAAUAUUUGGCUUGUUUGGACAUUUUGGCAGUAGUUGAAGUAGCCGAGGAGGGAAAGGGAACAGUCUCACUGCCAUGAGGGUGAAAGGCCACCUUGUGCCUGUACUAGGACUGCCUGGUCAGCCCUGCUAUGACCUCAUGUGCCAGCACUGAGAGAAACAGCCUCCCUGUUUCCUCCUGCACUUUUGUUCCUACCGGCAGUGACACUGCAUGGCAAAGGCAGGUAUGAUACAGCACUGCGUAUUUGAAUUUUUUAAUUUUUAAAAAAUACUAACAAUGGAGUUUUGCCACAUUUACAAUUUUGGAAAGUUAAACAGGCAAGCCUCAAAAUCACCUCAACUUUUCUGUCCAGCAUGUCAGGGUCUCUACCAUCUGCCAGUGUUGCCUACACUUCUCCCCUUCUGGGAUUAGUCCUGGGUGAUGCUUUGGGCUCCUUAAAUACUGAUAUUUGGUAGCAACUUUACCUUUGUUUCCCAAACUCUCUGCUGCCUUCCUCAGGUUUGAUAUCUGGGAGGUUUGAAUAUCCAAAGGAAAUUAAAUAUUUUUAUAUGAAAUUAUAUGACAAUAAAUAUUGCCAAAUGCUUUCCUU